AAAUUCAUCCAUAUUCAGCUCUUAGAUAUUGGCUCUAUCGGAUUUCCAAUUUAUUUCAAAAUUAUAUUUGGGUUUCCAAAAUAUCCUCCAUUAACAAAGGGAAUUUCCUCCUAUUUGGCUGUGUUCUAUGAGCGAAUCCUCUGCCUCCUCCCUUCGCUUCCUCCGCUCUUCCUUUGUACGCCGGUACUCGUCGGCGAACCACCAGCCGUUGAACUUCCAGCUGAACAUGGGAGAUUCAAAGCAUUAACAAGCUCUUACUACAAACGGUGACCAAGAGGAUCAUUCUAAUUUUCUUCUCAGUCCCGACUGCCUUCUGACAGUUGCUGUGUAUAUCGAACUUGUAUUCCACUGUUGCCGACAUCCUCUUGCAAUGUCCUGCAUGCUUUGCUAAACAGUUCAUCCUCUAUUACACUCUAAUAGGAAUGGACUACCCAAUAAGGCAAAUUUACUUCUCCAAAGAAACUUAAUCACUUGUCCAUUAUCCUUCGAGGUAAAUGGCAUAUAGAGGCCGUGGACGAGGACGUGGCCGUGGAUAUGGAGGUGGUGGUAGCUUUGGGUAUGCUAAGCAAGAGCCCUUUGAGCUCUUUCCUGACAUUGAUCUGCCCGAUAUUAAAAAAGUGAAUGAGGAAGAGAACUUAGUCCGUCGAAUCGUGAAGUUUGAAAAUUAUUGGAAAGUCUCUCCUUACUACCUUGAGGAGAACACUUCAAAGAAGACACAAAGCAUAGGGAUCGAAAGAUUUUCUGACAAGACCAAGCCAAAGGCCACAAUAACACGUGAUUCUCUCCUGCAAAUUCUAGAGCUUCAAAAAUUUCCUCUGGAACUGACUUCAGGUUCAAAGGGGUUGCAAAGGCAGUCUAUCAGGAAAAAAGUUCGAUGGAAUCCAGAUAUAGGGCUGCAGAAUAUGUUUGAAAAGUAUGAACGGGGGGAGGGCGCAAAAAAGGAAGGUGACAAUGAGGAGGAAGAAGAAGAAGAGGAAGAAGAAGUAGAAGAAGAAGAAGAAGAGGAAGAAGAUCUUAGUGAUGAUGAUUACAAUCAGAAUGUUGAUUUUGACGACGAUGAAGAUGAUUAUAACAUGGAUGAUGAUGGUGACGUUUUGAUACGUGGAAUACUCAAACUUCUGAAUCUUCAAAGAAGCUUCAUGGUGGUGGUUUUUAAUGUUGCAGAUGAACCUACAUACUAAUUUGCUUGGAAAAGAUUUUUUUUUUGGUGUUGUGGAGCCUCCUUGUGAUGCAAGUUUUUGAAGAUAUUGGUACUAAAUCAACAAUUCGACACGGGGAAAUGAUUUUGAUCUCUUAUGUUGAUACAUUACUUUUCAACCCAGCUUAUUUAGUUUAGGCAUUGGAUUAGUCUCGUCUCCUCCUAGAAUUUCUUCGAUGUGUUGCUUUAAGGCUAUGUUUUAGUUUUGAGGAAAUGGUGAAGGAAAAAAAGUAAAAGAAAAAUUGAAUUAAAAAAAAAAAAAAAAGCGUAAAAAACAUAAAAUUUUCUAAUGUUUGGUAAUGUAAAGAAAUAAUGGUGUGGAAAAAAUGAUGAAAAGUGAAAUUAAAUGUAGAAGAGUGAGACAGGGGCAAUAUGUCUUUAUUUGCAUUUCCAAAUAAUAAUUUUAUUUUCCAA